AUGGUUCUUCGGAUUCGUCUGGCCCGCUUUGGCAACAAGCACACGCCUUUCUACAACAUUGUUGUUGCGCAGGCUCGGUCUGCCCGCGGCGCAAAGCCCCUCGAGGUUAUCGGCACCUACAACCCCAUCCCGAAGAAGCCGACGAACCUGUACGACGACAAUGCCAAUGCGCGCCCAUACAAGGAAAUUGCCCUUGACCGGGCGCGUGCCAAGUACUGGCUCGGUGUCGGCGCACAGCCUAGUGACCCGGUGUGGAAGUUGAUGGGCAUGGCUGGUCUUGUUGAGCCGAAGCCCACUACCUUCCACAAGGCAUAA